AUGUCCACCACCAAGCUUGUUACUGUCUUUGGGGCCACUGGCCUGCAGGGAGGCAGCGUCAUCCGGUCUCUCAUUUCCAACAAGGACCGCGAGUUCUCUGUUCGCGGCAUCACCAGAAAUCCCGACUCUGAAAAGUCCAAGGCUCUUGCGGCGCUCGGGGUGGAAAUGGUCAAGGCAGAGGGAAGCAACCUUGAGGAGAUCAAGCAAGCUUUCCGUGGCAGUUGGGCCGUUUUCCUCAACACGGACACCGAAUCUGCAGAUCUCAAUACUCCUGGUGGUCCCACCGAGAGUGAUUUUGGCAUUGCACUUGUCGACGCCGCGGCGGAAAUGGGCGUGCAGCACCUGGUAUAUAGCGGAAUGCGCUCCGCGACAGAAGCGACGCACGGUGUGCUCCCGGUCCGUGUCUACGACCAAAAAGCCGCCAUCGCCCAAUAUGCCAGGAACAAGGGCUUCAAAAGUGCCAUUAGCGUCAGCGCCGCUUGGUACAUGGAAAACCACCUCAAUAGGCCCGGGGCCGAGUCCUUUGGCGGAUUUCCAUUCUUUCCAGAUGCUGAUGGCUAUCUCACCCUGCAGCUGCCUUCGCUUGGAGGCGCCGGUAACAUGAGCUGGGUCGGUAUCGAGCGUGACUAUGGCGACAUUGUCCACGCUGCCCUCCUCGAGCCCGAGACGCACGACAAGAAGCAGAUUGAGGCCAUCAGCUGCGUCGCCAGUCUCGAAGACUUGGUCGCGACCUUCGAAAAGGUGACAAAGAAAAAGGCCCGGUAUGUCGGUUUCGACUGGGAAACAUUCGAAACGCACGGCAACUUGGAGGCAGAUACUAUUAAGGGCAUCUUUGGCCUGACGCACGUUAUGGAUGCCGAGUUUGCCAAGACCUUCUACGACUCGUCCACGGCAAAGGCACUCAAGGCCAAGGCCGCAGCCGCAAGAGGUCUCACUGGCGAGGAUGCCGAGCUGCAGACCAUCGAAGGGUUCAUCACCAAGCACUUCGGAGCUUAG